AUCCCGUUAUCUUAGAAGCAUUAAAUGCACAAUUUGGGCAGAUGUAUAUAGCCGGGUCCACUCGUCCUUUCGUUGAACUUUAUCAGAGAUGUUGGGAUCAUAUUCCCCAAAAUCGACCUAAUAUUUAUCAAGUUCAUGAAAUGAUUCAUAGAGAUGAUAUUAUAUCGGGCGAAA